GAGCUAACAUAAAGGCCGUGAAGGCAGCACCGCCGUCAGUCUUGUCGGAUACACGCAGCUUACAAACAUGACCGCUUCUGUUAUUGUCCGAAGGUUAGCGGCUCUGUCCGGGGCUUCGGCGGUGUCACUCGGGGCAUACGGGGCUCACGGUUUCAAAGAAAGUGACCCCGACGACUACCAGAGAGUGCUAUUUGAAACCGCCAACAAGUACCAUUUCUACCACAGCCUGGCCCUGCUGGGUGCUGCCCACUCUGGCAAACCCGCUGUGGCUGGUACCCUCCUGAUAGCAGGCAUGGGGAUGUUCUGUGGCUCUCUGUACCACCAGGCCCUUACAAAGGAUCCUGCUUUGCGCAAGAUUGCUCCCAUUGGGGGGGUAGCUAUGAUUGCUGGCUGGCUGGCCAUUUUUCUCUGAACAGAAACAGUUCACAUCUCCUCCACAGGGCAACUGUGUGUCACUGAACUGUCAGACUGGAGAGCUUGUGAGAGUUGGCUGAGAGGUUUAAAGUGCUGAGUUUAUGCCACCCAUCUGACUGCUCCCUGUCCUGGGUUGUGUGUGUCUGCAGGAGAUAAGGUCACAACAGGAUUAUCACUUUUCCAACAUUAGUGUCUGUCUGUGAACGGUGUCCUUUGACUAUUUGGUGUGAGUUAAAAUGGAUAAGUGAAUGAAAAUAGUGUGUCAUGCAUAUACAAUUAGUUGAUCUGACAUUUUCAAUGGCAUAUCAAUUUUACACUGGCCAAUAAAAACCUCAAUGCUAUUGUGAAUGUGAAUUAUACACUAGUAUAUAUUGUUUUUACUACAUUUUCCCAUACAGCAGUAAAUAAAGUGUAUAUUUCUGUACAUUUAUACAGAAUAGGUAUGUCCAAAAAAAACUAAAACUAAAAUGGAUAUGAAGGCUUUAAAAUGAAAUAAAAUCAGUACUUUUUCUAAGA